GGCCGUUGGUAAUUUUACGUCGCACGGUCAAAAGAUAUAGACGCAGAUAUUUAUGAAGAUGGCUGUAGAGAAGAUCAUGAUAAGUAUCCUCACGGUCCACGCCGGCGGUGCGUUCUUGCGAGCGCAGCCGCCGCACCUCCAAUGAUGCAACAGAGGUAGAGGAGUAGCGGCCGCUGCGGUAAAACCAUUGCUGCCAGCUACGAUAGGGCGGGGCCGAGCUAGGUGGAGGCGAAGACAGAACCAGGGGGAGACAAGUAAACGUGUGACGACAAAGAGAACGAAGACCGGAAGAAAGAACAAAGCACGAAGAACGACGAACGAAGCACACAAGUACGAGCGUCAAGCAGACGCACCCCGAAAGCCUCGGGCUGAAAGGAAGCGACUGAGAGAGAAAGAACGGCCACCAGGCAGCCCGACCGCGCUACACCGCUACCCACGUCAGCCGCUACUACCCACACGCGCCGCCUCCUGCAUAGCCCGGCACGCCCUAGCUGGCGGCGACGAGAAGACAACGCGCGACCAACAAGGCUAGACACAACAUAGUUGCAACGGCGACCACAGCACAAAACACACGAAGCGCAAAGAAGUCCGGCGAGGUCGUACGCUUUGCUUGCCCGGAGCGCAUCAAUACGAACAAGUAUCCGCACUAUUGCAACAGAAAGGGGAACGAGAUAAUCCCUCGCGCGACGACAGCCACAACAGUAAACAAGCAGUGAUCCCGCAAGCACGCGCGCACAGACGUUUUUUCAGUACAGUGGAGGAGUUCUGGUGAAUAUUUUCGAUGCGAAAUGUGUCAAGAAUUUCCGUCGCUCCUUCCUCCAGUGCUUAAAAGGAGGCAUCCCCUUCGUUAUCGACGGCGGCAACACUCCGGUCCCCCAGAAGCACAUCAAGCUUCUCUUCGACCAGAUCAAGCCAGGCCUCUGUUAAGCUUCUUCAUAGCCGACGUGUUAGUCUGAAAGCAAAAAAGGUAAGUGUAACAAGUUGGUCUUGAUUUAUCAACUUGAAGAUAGUUCUAAUCCUCGGAGAAACUGAUGGCUACUCCGGGGAAGGAGGAUCUGUUCGAUCCAGAGCUCGCUUUUUAUUCCGAUUUAGUCUUGGAGGACUUUGACGGUCCGGAUCUUAUGCGGCAUCGGUACUUAGAGGAAACAGUGGAAAAAUUUAAAAUUUCUUACUAUCAACCUCUGAAAUACCAGAUACGGAGUUCUUCAAUAUGUGGACCACAUUGAAGUGCCAUACGCAGUAAAACCCGUGGACGACGACCAUGUUGUAGUGGAGCUGCAUAGGCAUAGCAGUAUUCCAUGAUCUUCUCAAGUGGCAUUUUACCCAGCAGUGGAGGACGAGAUCUAGACGGGCUAGAAGGAGAGAAAUACUUGCUUUUUGAACUUCUUCUAGUAGAAGAUGAAGAAAGUAAACGAAAUUUAUUUUAGUUUCUCUGCAUUAGCACGCGUAGUAGUGAUAGUGAAAGCGGUAGUCCACGACAAGUCUGUCAUAUUUGAGAGCACCUACUAGAAAAAACCACUGCGGCUACAGUGGACUAAAUGAAGCAUCUUCGUGGUACUAGAACAGAACACUGUGGAUCCAGUACGUAGUACUGGAAGAAAACACUGUACUAAAUGAAGCAUAUUCACGCAACACGGGCUUCCGGGAAACGAGAGAGAUGGCAUUGCAAGUCACCAAGUGAGAUCUGGAUCCUCGUGCGGUCCUCAUUGAUCCUCGAAAAGGAAAACCGAUUCUCCCGUGUCCACUAAACAAGCGAUCCCUCCCACCGCCCCUUCCCCGCUUCGGCCGACGGUUUUUUUAGGUCCAAUGAAAUUGUUUUCGAACCACGUACUUCGAUUAGCAUCUGAACUUCAUCAUAGUUUUAGUUUCCCG